AUGUCGACAACUUCCAGCGAGGCUCAGUCGCAGCUGAUUAAAGCGUUUAAGGCGCUGGAUUAUGACAGGUUUAAAAAUGCGCUCGAUGCGGGAGCCCAGCCAACUCUGCGUCCCUCCGAGCCCAAGGGCCAAAUGUCCAUCUACGAGCAGGCGCUAUCGACGCCGGGUUGCAGCAAAUUUAUACGCGCCUGCCUGAGGUCGGGUUGCCUAAUCGACUAUGUGAAUCCGGACUUGAAGAAGGCGGCCAUUAACUAUGCCAUUGACUCAAAGGACUACCGCAACAUCGCCGUAUUGCUGAACUUCAAGAAGGGUAAGGUGGAUGUGAAUUAUGUUUACAACGGGCAAACAGCUCUGGAAACGCUCGUCAAAGAGUUGGACGCGGCGGAAUAUGAAAAAAUUCUGGAGUGCGCUGGGCUCUUACUCAGGCAUGGCGCCACGUCGGACAAGGCCAUACCAUACGUCCUGCAGAACAAGGAGACUCCCCAGGACGCAGUCGUCGACUUGUUGACGGCAUUCAUCUACUUGGGCCACGUCAGCGAUGACAACUAUAACAAGGUGGUGCAAUACUUGCUUCAGCCCGAGUCACACAUUGAAGCAGAUCGUAUUUAUUGGCUGCUGCCGCGUUACAUGUUCAGCCUCGACUCGGACGAAUUCUCGGAGACAAUGCGACGACUUGAGAAAAUAUUCGCCAACUGGAAUAAGGUGGAGAUGCAGAUUUGCUUGCUGCUACAUUAUAUUGGGGAUGAAGACGACUCGCAGCUGGCGAGAAUACAGUCUAUAAUGUGCUCCUCCAAUAUGCCAGAGGAUAAUCAAAUUCUGAUUGCCACGGCCAUCGGCAUGGACAACUGGUCAGUGGUGCUAAAGUUGCUGCAAACGCCAUUCCUGCAGCUAGAGUCGAAUGAUCAGAUGCUAAUCAAUCUGAUUGAGCUGGCGCAGCCGCUGCUGAAGGAUCACAGCUACGAGGGCUGCCUGGAGCAAGUGCUGCAAACGUUGGAUCUGGACAAGUUGAAUCAGUCCGCUGUACCCAACCAGACGCCGCUGCACUAUGCCGUCAAACAUCGCAACGAGGUGGCCAUUCGUGUGCUGCUGCGCCAUGGGGCAUCUCUGGGCCUGCGCUCAGCCAAUGGCAAGCUCUUGAUGGAGCGCAUCAGUAUGGAACUGCUGAGCGAGCAAUUCGAUCAUUGCAUCAUGAGUCACGGCGACAAGAGUUCCAAGGAGCAGUACGAAAUCUUGGUGAACUUCAUGAAUCUGACCACGCCGGAACUGGAGCUCAAUAUGUCGCCCGUGAUGUACAUUGCCAAAAAGGAGGAGCUGUGCCCGCUGCUGCUGCACCCGCUGAUCAACUGCUUUCUGCUGCUCAAGUGGAAGCGUCUCUCCAUAAUCUUCUACAUCCAUCUGUUUAUCUAUAUGCUCUUCUGCUUCACACUCUUGGCGCACACCUAUCUGCGCUUCCCGACGCGCUUUCCCAUCGAGUACCUGAUCAUGUUCAGCAGCUUCUGUGUGGGCUGCAUUAUAGUCUACAUUGUGGUCUGCGACAUCUUGACCUAUUGGAUGGUGGGCCACAUGCCCAACUGCUUGAAUCCGCUGCUCGCCGUUCUGCUGCUGUUCGCCUGCAUCGAGCUGGGCAGCCGGGAAGUCCAGCGACUCGUCUCCAUAUUCGCCAUCAUCAUAAUGGUCGUCAAGCUGAUGAUGCUCGUUGGCGCAUUGCCCGUGCCGGUGAUAGCCACGCACGUCCUCAUGCUGCACCAGGUGACGCGCAAUUUCGUCGUCAGCUUGCUGCUCUACUCGAUUCUGAUACUCACCUUCUGCUUCUGCCUGUACAUACAGUUUGGCAAGCCCGUCGAGCUGCGUUUCGAUAACCAAACUGUAUCCGAAGUCGUUCCCGAGGAGUUUCUUACUUUAGCCGAGCCGAGUCGCGCCUUCUUUCAGACCUGGCUCAUGUUUGGCGGCCAAAUGGAGUACAAGGACUUCAGCAGCUACUCCAACGCCUUGGUCCUGCUGCUCUUCGUCUUUCUGUCCAUUGUGCUAAUGAAUCUGAUGAGCGGUCUGGCUGUCAGCGAUACUCAGAAAAUUCUCGAUCAGGCUGAACUCAAUUCGGCCAUCUUCCGGACAGAUCUGCUGUGUUGCUAUGAAGCCGCUUUGAGCAAGAAUUGGCACAGAUGGGACAAGCUGCGUCGCUUCCUGCUCAAGUGGGUCCAUCUCGACGGCACAACAAAAAAUGGAUAUUUAUCGAUAAUUCUCAAUGGGGAUAACAAGGCUAAGCUUUAUGGUGACCGGAAGUGUAAGUUUACACAGGAGAGUCAAACCGAUAUGAAACACGAGAUCAACCAGCUAUACUUCAGCGAGUAUAAGGCGACUAAUGACAGCGAAGAUGAGUACUCAUCGAAGGUGGAAGCAGGGCAAGAGGAAAUAGAAAUCGAUGAAAAUAUAGGCGAGAAAACGCAGAUCAUUGAAAGCAAAGUCAAGGAAGUGGAGGUCGAUGAUACCACCGUGAGACUGGCAUUGGAAGUCUUACAAAAACGGGCCAACAAGCAAAGCGAGGAAGAAAAUGCUUCAAAGAUGGAGGAACGAAUGCAAAAUAUUUGGAAUCUUAUGCAGGAUAUAAAAUGCGGGACGCAUAAAAAAAAUUGA